CUGUGAUUAGCAGCAGGGUGGUGGGAGUCUGGCAGAGAGUGAGUGGCCGCCCGAGGCUCGGAGCCCCUGGCCAGGCCAACCUAUGGAGCUCGAAAAUAUAGUAGCCAACACUGUGCUGCUGAAAGCCAGGGAAGGUGGAGGGGGGAACCGGAAAGGAAAAAGCAAAAAAUGGCGGCAAAUGUUGCAGUUCCCUCAUAUCAGUGAGUGCGAGGAGUUGAGGCGUACACUUGAGCAUGACUAUCACAGUCUUUGUGACCGACAACCAAUAGGACGUCUCCUCUUUCGCCAGUUUUGUGAGACUCGACCUGAGCUGCUGCGCUGUGUCCACUUUUUGGAUGCUGUGGCUGAAUAUGAGGUGUCCCCAGAUGAGAAACGUAAAGAGUGUGGACAGCAGCUUAUCGAGAAGUAUCUCAUUAUCACGAGUGAAGACUAUAUCACAGAGGUCCCUGAGCAGCUAGUCGGCAAAUGCAGGGAAAGUUUAGAAAACAAUCCCUGCAAAGAACUUUUUAAAGAUUGUUCUAAACUUGUCCAUGACUUCCUUAGUAUGGCUCCAUUUUCAGAUUACCUGGACAGCCAGUAUUACAACCGCUUUUUACAGUGGAAAUGUCUGGAGAGGGAACCAGUCACAAAGAACACAUUUCGUCAGUACAGAGUUCUUGGGAAAGGAGGUUUUGGAGAGGUCUGUGCCUGCCAAGUGCGAGCAACCGGAAAAAUGUAUGCUUGUAAGAAACUGGAGAAGAAACGUAUUAAAAAAAGAAAAGGGGAAUCCAUGACCUUGAAUGAGAAACAGAUCCUAGAGCGAGUCAACAGCAGGUUUGUAGUCAGUCUUGGCUAUGCAUAUGAGACAAAAGAUGCUCUGUGUCUGGUGCUAACACUAAUGAAUGGUGGAGAUCUAAAGUUUCACAUUUAUCACAUGGGAGAGGCUGGAUUUGAUCUGGAACGUGCUGUAUUUUAUGCUGCGGAAAUCUGCUGUGGACUUCAGGAUCUACAUGAAGAGAGAAUAGUGUAUAGGGAUUUGAAACCAGAAAAUAUUUUGUUGGAUGAUCAUGGGCACAUACGGAUCUCGGAUCUUGGACUUGCAGUGCACAUUCCAGAGGGCCAAACCAUUAAAGGAAGAGUAGGCACUGUAGGAUAUAUGGCACCAGAAGUAGUGAGGAACGAGCGCUACACGUUCAGCCCAGACUGGUGGGCACUCGGUUGUCUGCUGUAUGAGAUGAUUGAAGGACAGUCUCCAUUCCAGCAGAGGAAGAGGAAGAUAAAGAGGGAGGAGGUGGAGCGACUUGUUAAGGAGGGUCAAGAAGAAUAUUCUACCAAGUUUUCUCCAGAAGCAAGGUCUCUAUGUACUAUGUUAUUAUGUAAAGACCCUGAGCAACGGUUAGGGAGUCGUGGUGGCGGUGCACAAGAGGUGAAAGAGCAUGAGCUCUUCAAGCAUAUAAAUUUCAAAAGACUUGAAGCAGGAAUUCUAGAACCACCUUUCAAACCAGAUCCUCAGGCAAUCUACUGCAAAGAUGUUCUAGAUAUAGAGCAGUUCUCAACAGUAAAAGGUGUGGAGCUUGAGCAGACAGACAGUGACUUUUAUCACAAGUUUGCCACGGGAUGUGUACCUAUACCCUGGCAGAAUGAGAUGAUUGAGACAGACUGCUUUAGGGAACUAAGUAACAUUCCAAUAGAUGGAUCUGUCCCACCGGAUCUGGACUGGAGGGGCCUUCCGUCCCCGCAACCAAAAAAGGGGCUACUGCAACGAUUCUUCAGCAGACAGGACUGUUGUGGCAAUUGCAGUGACAGUGAUGAGGAGCCAACUCGCCUAUAGCCCUGAUGGGACAGCAUAAAUGAACGAGUUUACACUUUUUUUGCACAUUUAUUGGCCCCCACUUUAUUUGCAGAGUGACAUUGCAACACGGUGCCCUCUAUUGUUCCUCAAUCAUCUGCUAAAGAAACUGUUAAAUAUAUUAUUGUAAUGUAUAAAUUAAGCUCUAUAAAUAUAGGAAUGUAUAUUUUCAAUGUUUUUUGCCAUCACCAGCUUCGAUAACUCCUUUCUUUGCUGCAAUAGGCCAAAGGACUGUUCAGGUCUCUCAGGAUGGACUGGCUAGGGAAAUCCCACAAUGUCAAUUGCUUUUAUUUUGUACAAGAAAGUGUAUUAUUAUUUUUUUUUACAUAUAUAACUAUGUAGAGCGGGAUAUGUAGGUUACUGAAUGUGCCAUUUUUCCUUUACACACUUGCAGAAGUGGUAUAUGAUUGAAAAAUUUGAAAAAGUCAUAUACUGGCCCGAUGCCUGCAGAGCCCCUACUCCGGCAUCAGUACAGUACUCCUGGGUCAGCAUUUUCAUAUGUAGAUACUAAUCCACACGUCAUCUCCAUGACUAUGGUCUCCAUUUAAAACAAUAUUAACAACAGUGGACCAGAAGAACAGGAGAUGUUGUAGACUUAAUGAAGGUGUUGGGUCUCUACACUGUGCAUUUUUAAAUGUGAUAAAGGGUCUUUCUUAAAGGUGUAAGUAAUUUUUUUUCAAGGCUCAGAACAAUGAAUAAUAAUAUGUCAUGCCAAACCAAUCCCCAUUGCUCUUGUUACAAUGCUUUCCUCUCCACCACCAAAGUGACUGCAGCAGUGAUCCAAUGCAGCCAGUGAUUGGCUGAUCUGUCCUUUCCUGUAUGUUGAGAGGGACCUGGAAGCAGAGACUGAUGGGAGACCGGAAGGCUUUGCAACAGGAGCAGCAGGGGAUUGGUAAAGGAGAGUAUGAUUUUUUAUUAUGAGCCUUUAAAAAAAUGCUUUCCUACAACUCCUUUCAAUACAGUUUAUUUUUUUUAGUGCUUUGUAAAUUGCAGAUGAAAGGUUGAGACCUUUGUACUCCAGUAUAUGAUAUGCACUCUUCAAGCAGUGUAAAGUGUCAUUUUAAUGUCAAUAAUUUAUUGCUGUUUAGGGUCACACUGGGAAUUAUUGGAGCCAGAUAUUUCUCCACAUAUUGGGGAAGACAUGAGAAUUGUAGUCAAUGCAUUGUGCAUUUCUGUUCAGGAAGUGAUUUAUUUAUUAAGAAUCCCAUUUAUAUACAAUACCUAUGAUAUAUACCGGUAAUCAAUGAAACCCACCACACCUCUUAUUGUAUGUAUAGUUGUGAAGCACAAAGCAUUUGUAGUCAUGUCUUACCUAUGGUCACACACCGUUAAAGGGAACCUGUCACCAGGAUUUUGUGUAUAGAGCUGAGGACAUGGGCUGCUAGA